CCAAUCCGAAUUCCUAUUACUUGUUCUUAUUGCCUGUUGCCUAGCAUUCUGCAAAGGCCUUUACUUCUCUAAUGCGCACAAUUCAUUUUCAUGUCGGCAUAGCAUCAGGACGGUCAGGAUUCGCAGUAAAUAAGGAACGCAGCUAUUGUGAAUUUGAGUUUUGCCUGAGGAAUAAGAUUUUGCGACUUGAGAAAUUAUCAAUUCGUACGUAAGUCAGAUUACCUCAAACAUGUCUAAAUCAAAAGACAGCAUUUCUAAGAAACGUUCCAGUAAUACCGCUAUUCUCGAUGAAGAUACGGACAACGUUAGCACAGCAUCUACAGAUAAACUUUGGUGGCAUGAAAUAGAAGAACUGUCACCAUUGAGGAUUCAUGUGCCAAGUAAUUCUGUAAUAUCUCGUGAUACUACAUCUAGUCUUAAUACUAUUAACCAGUUGUUACCACCAACAAUAAGAAAUUCAUCGGUCCUAUUAGUGUAUCCUCCUGAUAAAUCCAAUGAUUCAAGUAACAUAAAAGGACAGUUGAGUGCAGAAAUUGUAAAGAAUAAUGUUUUGGAAACAUCUGAAUCUGAGAAAGAAAUUAGUAUAAAAAAGAAGAAAGGUCUUUUAACGAUCGGAGAUAGAAUGAGCAAACAAAAUGAUUUUUUCAACGUAUUGAAUCUUAAAAAGCGUCGUAUCUCACAUGAUGAAACAACAGAUAUAUCCCAUGUGUCGAGAAAUCUUUCAUUUAAUAAAAUGUCACCAAUAAAGUUACAAGAAAAGGAAAAGUCACAAAAAGAGGAUAGUGAAGAUUCAAUGUCAGAUAUUCCUUUGAAGUCAAGACCAUGGCUUUUAAGAAAAACGCUUGAAGAGGGAAAUAAUUUAACUUCAGAGAAAUUGAGAUAUAUAAUGAAUAGUUCUAGGUGUAGCGAUGGAACAUUAAAUAAACCUAGAUUAAGAAAAUCUGAUGGAAGACAUACUGACUCUUUAAAUUUAUCAAACAAAAGUCCAGUAAAAGCUCAACAUUCAAAUGUUGAACAACAUGUUAUGUCUGAUAGUGUGAAUACACCGGAAGAUAAUCGAUAUUUAUUUAAAAAAAGACGUCUAGCAAUGCAGUCUCAAGUACAAUAUAUGCAAGAAAAAAAGAAUUCUUUCGAAGCUGUUUUCGCUGAUAACAGUGAUGCAAGCUUGCCAAGAGGUAGAGACAUGAUUCAAGAAGGCGAUACUCAAUCCGUGACUCGUGAUAUAGAAGACCAGAUGCCAAGGGUCUCGUCAUUACAUUCGGAAAUUGUAGUCGAUGAUUCUGAGAGUGAUUUUUCGGAUAAUCAGCAGAGUACAAGCCCACGAUCGAAAUUCUUUAAAGCACUUAGGAAGUCAAGUAAGAAAACGCAAGAUAAAAUCAAGCAAGACAUGUUGGGUAAUUUAUCGCCACAUGUUUAUAAUGUUCAUAACGAGAGAUCUGCUAUCUUAAAGCCAAAGACAAGAAUGAUGAGACGUGCACUUGAUAUAAGCUCAUUCGAAAAUCCAUUCGAGGACGUACUUCAAGAACAUAGCGACAGUAGCAGAGAAAAGAAUAUAAAUAUGUCGAUUAGAAAUCGUGCUUCUCCAGAACUAGAUGUAUCUAUCUAUGUAGAAACAUCUAGCCAUACAAAUAUCACAUCUCCAAAGGUAAAUUCGAUAUCGAGAGAAAAAUUGAGGAAUAUAUCUGAAAAUGUCAUUCCUCCUAAGCGUUCGUCAUCUGUUCCGUCCGGGCAGAGUACGCCGGACGGUCGUGUCCAAGGCGCUGCGGUACGUCCGGGCGUCCGUCUCUCGGCCCGAAGUAACGCUAUUCUUCGAUUAUUCGAUCAAGAUAACGAAAUUAUUAGAGAUAAGAAGCGGGCCAAUCCGAUGGCAAUGCCGUCGAAAACUUUCACGAAUGCCGAGAAGAUGCAACAGAUUAAGGAGCGAGUGGAAGCAAUGAAGAGUCGUGAAUUAGCCGAGAUGAAAAUGCACGCCGGCAAAAUCGAUAAAAAGCAAUUGGCAUCAAACGUGAAGGCCUCAGGUGUCGUUUCAGGGAGAAUUAUGAAGAAGAAAAAAUUGCCCGUCACUUCCGCGAAAAAGGUGGACCCCGCGUAUCUGGUGAACGGGGAGGUGUACAAAGUACCGAAGCUCCUGCGUCCGAAGCAGUGGGCCACGGAUCGCCUUUACAAGUUUCUGUGGAAAUGCCUAGAGACAAAGUACAAGCUGUCGACGAGAAUACGGUCGGAAAAAUUCGUCGGAGAUUUGAGCAAGAUCGUCACGCUGAUCUUGCGGCGCAAAAAGUACAACAGCUACAAAACCGAGCUGGAGGCCCUGAUGAAGGAGAUGGCUCGUUUGCAGAUCAUCAACACUCGGAAUGAUUUCUAUAACUUUUGUCGUGACUUCAUGCCAUAUGAAUUUCGCGUUAAAGUCAUUCCUAUAUUAUUACCAGGCAAUCAGAAGACGAUCCCCUAUGAUCCGGAUAAAUUGCACACGUCCUUGCUCGAUGAGUAAUAUUAUAAUUAAAAUUGUGAUUUUGAUAUUUUCUAUUCGAAGUAGCGUACAAUAGAUUUACCUGUUCGAAAUAGAUUUAUAGUUUAUAUAAAUGAAACGAAAGAAUUUAUUAUGGAAAAGGCGAUGGGAAAAAUGGGCAGAUUUUUGCCAAAAAAAUGCAAUGUAAGAUUGUAAUUUGUAUAACGUUAUACUUUUUCGGCAAAAAUUGGUCCAUUUUACUCAUUUUCUUUGAUUGUUGCACUAGUCUGAUGUAUGUGCAAAUACACGUAGUCUAUGCAGUAUUGAGUUGUGUAAUAAGCAAUUUCGGAUGUUUUAAGUAAUAUAAGACGAUUGGACUUUGAUGUAAUUACAAUUUUGGAACAUUGUAAAGGGUGGCAGAAUACCAUAGGUCGAAACGGCGUAGAUAUUGUCAUACAUUUUUAUCUCUGCUAAUUCGCGACUCUUUAUUGCUUGCUCUCGCUCCUUAAUCUACUGCAUCUUUUCGGCAUUCAUAAAAAUUUUUAACGGCAUUGCCAUCGGAUUGUUAUAAUAUCAAAAUAACACAAAACACCGAUAAUUGCUUGAUUUAAAAAAUCCGAAAUCGCUUAUUAGACAAUAUAGAUAUAUACGUGGACUGUAAUAUAUAAACUGUUGAUAUAUAAACUAUUAAGGUAUACAUAGCAGUAGUUUUUUUGACUGUAUAUGUUACGAAACAAAGAGAUUGCAUAUUUGUUACAAGUAUUGUAAGGGAGAAUCUUGCUUUGUAACUUCUAUUUUUGUAUUUUUUAAUAAAAAAAGAUAUUCUGAAUAGAA